AUGCAACUCCUAACCACCACUCUCGCCUUCCUGGCCGCCUCGGCCACGACCGCCCUCGCGGCAGCACUCGCCCAUCCUCCCCAAACCUCGAUAACAAUAACCCUCCCCUCCGCUCCUCCCGGCGACACCUUGGGCGGCAAGCUCUUCGUCUUCCCGCCCUCGACGCACGGCACGCUCUCGACCUUCGGACAGACCAAGUCCGCCCCGCUCAGCGUCGCCAACACGCUCGUGUUCCGCAACGUCACGCAGGGUUCCUACCUGUUGGACAUCCACUGCGCGACGCACGCGUUCGCGCCCUUGCGGGUAGACGUGGCGCCCGUCUUGGAUGGCGUGCUCGAGGAGGGCGAUGGCCAUGGUCAGGUCAAGUUGGAGGUGAAGGCGUGGGAGACGUAUAGGGGGAAUGAUUGGGAUAAUAAGGGGGAGGAGGCGCCGAGGCAGAAGCUGAGCAAUGCAGGAGAUAAUAACGGGGUGGUGUUUGGAGCGAAGGUGUUGGGUGAGAAGGGAUAUUUUAUGGAGAGGGGUAAAUUCUCCGUUCUCUCGAUCCUCAAGAACCCCAUGAUCUUGCUCGGUUUGGUCAGCAUGGUCAUCUUCCUUGGCAUGCCCAAGUUGGUUGAGAACAUGGACCCCGAAACGCGCGCCGAAUGGGAAGAGAAUCAGAAGAAGAACCCUAUGAACGCUCUCAUGGGCGGCGGUGGUGCUCCUGCGGCGUCGAACUUUGAUAUGGCUGCUUUCCUUGCUGGUACCAGCAGCGCCAAGCAGGAGGAGUCUUCUUCUGGUGCUGGUGAGGGGACAGCGAGCGCUGGUGGCGGCGGCCACCAAGGCGGCAAGAAGAGGAGGGGUUAA